AUGGUGGCUCCUUCUAUGAACAUUGAUGAUAAAUCUUCUUCAGAGCUUGGAAACAGCCUGAUGGCUAAUUUCAUAAAACACAAGGUAUUUGUAUUGAAGGUUUGUGUGCGUACAGAACUCUUAGUAAGCGAAAUGAACAGAUGAGUCUGCAUUCCUCCAAGAAAACAAGUUUAACAAAGCGUAACAGAAGGGUUCGCAAUAGUUCAAGGCUUCAGAAAUGAGCCUGAGGUUACAGGCAUUUGUAAUAAACUAUAGGAUCUGCGAAAAGAGACAAGUUGAAUGGAUUUCAAAUUCUGUGUUGUUAGAGUUAUGCGUUCAAAGAAUUCCUCUCCCUGUGUCAAUAACUGCUGUUCAAUAUAAUGUGAUACCAAGCUACUCUGUCUAUAUAAAAUGUUCCAUCGCUUAGAAAAAUAUUCACUUAACCACAUUAUGCUCAUCCCAGUGCAGGGCAAGAAUAUUUUUUUUUUUUACAAGGCUUAGCAAUUGUUCGCGUCCUACAGAAAAUACAAACAACCCUUAAACUAAACAAUUAAUUAACUAAAUGUAUUAACUAAAAUAAAUUAACUAGAAUAUGUGUGUCCAUUUCUACUAUUUUAGCCUAAACCGUAAUUUAGAACAGUAGUUCAGUAAACAGAAAACGGGUUAGGGGUUUCGCAUACAUUUUUAAUGUACCAUAAGUAUUAAGGAUGGAAGUGUUGUAGCAUAUAUUGUACCUACUAAAAAUUUAGUUUCAAAGUCUGGAAAUCCUAACAUAAUAGUAUUUGGCUUGGUCAAGUCAUGUGAGUAUUAGAGGGCUGAUAAGAGCAUUACUUUGUUCUGACAUUACAAUUAUUAGUAUUAGUGGGUUUAUAAACCAUUAGGACCAUUGAGGUAUAAAGGGGUUGGUUAGGUUUAACAGUUGUAUGUACAGAAUACAUGUAUAAUCUAUAUGUCUUUUUUUUUAAGGUUUGGUCCCUUAUUGGGAUGUCUCGACGAUAUCUUCAGAAAGGAUACACUACCGUAACGUUUCGAGAUGGCGAUUAUUUUUGCUGUUACUUCCUCUGGUUCGAGAACGAAGCUGUGAGUUUGGGCCAUGUUUCUUUACAAACUUCUAAACUAACAGGGUCAUUCACUAAAAGCCGAGUGUCCCCAAACUGAUUGGAGCAAAACCAAUCAGUGCAGUAUGGUGCCAUUCUGACCCAAAAUCCUGAGCUUUUUCACAAUAUUUAACUUUGUCCAGAUUUUUCACAGUUGACUCCAAAUGAGCCUGAAUUUUGUCUGGAAUAAAGUUGUACCAAAAGUUACCAGAUUGUUUAAAUACGGGGCCUGGAUUUUAAAAAUCAGAACUAUUACCCACUGGCAGUAUUAGCAACUAGCUAGCAAAUGUUAAAAAAAUAAAUAAAAUACUUUUGCAGAGCAAGGGUUAAUCAUUCGAUUUAAAACGUGAAUGUAAAAAUCCAAUGGGGUUCAGUGUAACCUCUAUAUUAGUAUAAGGAACUUGUAAAACCUCCCUUAUGCCCCACCUGCCAUGCCACAAGGGGGACAUAUGUAUUAAACAGUGAGCAGCCAGCGUAUGUAAACUAAUGACUGGGCAAUCGCUAGAAAGGCCCUAUCCCAUGGUACUACCUUGGUACUGUAAAACCCCACUGUCUCUGUAAAUACAGUUUACUUCUGGCAGUCUGGGGGGGGGGGACCAACUAUAAAUUGCUUUUUAAAGCAACAAAUCAGAGGACAGAUUUUCCAUCAGGGUUCCGAUUAAGUAAAGGUCUAAAGCUAUAUUUUACGCUGACUGUAAACAUGUAGGCAUGGGUAAAUAGUAGCGUUAUCUUGUUUGAAUUACUCCAUCCCAGUCCUUUCUAUACUGACCAGUCUAUUUAAUACUUACUUUUCUAUAGAUGUAAAUCCAACCCUGUUUACAGGUAAUGUGCCAGGUGAGUGGACAUACCAUUGUCUCAUGGGGCGAACAUUUUUAUUAUUUUUAUUAUUGCCAUUUAUAUAGCGCCAACAGAUUCCGUAGGGCUUUACAAUAUUAUGAGAGGGGGUAUUUAACUAUAAAUAGGACAAUAGGACAAUUACAAAAACUUAUGGGAACAAUAGGUUGAAGAGGACCCUGCUCAAUCGAGCUUACAUUCUAUAGGAGGUGGGGUGUAAAACUCAAUAGGACAGGAAUUUUCAGUCAGAUAAGGUGGGCUGCCCUUUAGGAGAGAGCAGGAGACAGGUAUGUGAGGUAGAGGUUAGUCUUGGAGGCCAUAAGCUUUCCUAAAGAGAUAGGUUUUAAGGCACUUCUUACACAUAUUAUCACUGUUUCCAGGGGCCUAACUAGGAUCCACAGGGCUCUUGGGUACAGGUAUUAAAAAAAGGGCUCCCUUAAUCAGUCCUUCCUAAAGAAUACACUUUUAGUGGUAUGUGUGUGGUAGCUGGGUUUGAUUGUAAUAUAUAGGUGUGGAGUUGGCUAAGUGUGAAUGUGUGUGAAGUUAAGUGAAAUUGUGUAGUGGGGUUGUAUAUAUUUCCCUCCCCCCACCCCUCUUGCUUAGAUUUUUGCAGGAAGGAAGAGGGUAUAACCCCUGGGGGACCAGUGGAGGUAUAAUCAGAACUUUGCCAUGGAAACCUGUUGGUAGUCCUGACUUUUUAUUUUUUAUUUUUUUUUAAGCACCAGAACUGCAAGUGCUCAAAGUGUUCUGCAGUAAUGUAUUAUUUAGUAUUCAUUGGCAUCAUACUAAACAAUGGUUCUCCUAGGAGGGCUGGAGACUCCUCUCUGACAGGUGGACCUCCAGGGCCCAGUUGCAGUAGCAACCAUUGUGACUCUGAUAGUUCCACCUUCAACUGCAUACACACAGCUCAACAAACCGCGUAAAUCAUUGCAAUUAUAUCCAACACACUUUUGUUUAGAUUUAAUAAUAACGUAAAGUUAAAUUCCUUUUUUUUUUUUAAUUUAUACAGGGUGAUAAGCUUGAAGUAAUUGAUGUUCCCGUCCUAGGAGAUGAUUCGGCUCCUAUAGGCAUGCUAGCAGGCGAAUAUUACAGGUGAAUAUCUGUGAUGGCAACAAUAAAUUGUUCAGAAUUAUUAGAGCUUGUUCUGUCUUUGAACAGGUAUAUAUUCUCCAUAUGGUUAGAAUCCACUUUUUUUUUUUAAUAUAAAUAUAUAUAUUUCCCCCAUUAUGAAUGUUGUUCUCGCUGUGUUCACAGAUAUUAACAAGAAUAUUAUUUCUAGGCUUUUCUUGUGAAAUGCUCCUGUGCAUUGCCUGGUUUUAGUUCCCUUCUGCAUCUUUAGAUUAAAUGUUAAUUAAACUCAAAAUGAGUCACGUCGUGCACAGUUUGAAACACAGCACGAGAGUUCCACUUUGUUUAACCUAGUUUAAUAAAGCUCAGGGCCGUAUACAAUAACGUGACACAUCUUUCUGUCUGCAGAGACAAAGGAUUCAAAAGCGCACCUUAUUGCAACGACAGUAUAUUGUACUAACAGUUCAAAAUGAACACUAGUUAAGAUGUUCUAUAGUCUGUUACUGAAGGCAUUGUCAUGAAAAAAUUUAUUUUAUAAGAAUGUUGUGAUUUUAAGAAAUGUUUAAUUUUUGUCUUCAAGCAGACAUGUAUAUACCCUAAUUGAUGCAAAGUACACAAUGGGUGAAUUAGAUUAAUUUUGCUAUGCUUUAGGGCACAUUACUUGUGUACACCUCUGGGGUUUUUUUGUUUUGUAUUCUUUGUAACUUUGUAACUUUCUAAUUUUUAGGAAGCUACUUCGCUACUACAGUAAGAAUCAUCAUAUGGAAUUGGUAAAAUGCUAUGAACUGCUGACGAUGCACUUGGGAAUCAUUCCCCCAGAACAUGUGAUCCAGCAAUGUCAAGACCUCACUCGCAUUCUCUGGGAGCCUUCUCGCAUCCCACUUCUAUAA